GACACCAUAGUGAUAAUCGCAUUGGCGGUGGUUAUAGUGAGCACUUUAAUAUUCGUGAUUAAAUCAUUGGGAACAGAAGCAGAGAAGGCACCGGUCACCCUCCUGGAUCCUAACACCAAGUACCCUCUUCCUCUUAUUGAAAAACAGGAAAUCAGUCAUGACACUAAGAAAUUCAGAUUUGGUCUACCAUCAUCUGAGCACAUUUUGGGACUUCCUAUAGGUCAGCACAUCUACCUCUCAGCUAAAGUCAAUGGCAGCUUGGUGGUUCGAGCAUACACCCCGGUGUCUAGUGAUGAGGUGAAAGGUCACAUUGAUCUGGUUAUAAAGGUUUAUUACAAAAAUGUGAACCCCAAAUUCCCAGACGGAGGAAAAAUGUCCCAGUACUUGGACAGCUUGAAAAUA